UAGACGACACCUUAGGUUUUCCAAAAUGGCUGCUCGCUGAAGUGAUUCUAUAACAUAAACUAGCCGACGUUGGUGUAAAAACUAACAGAAAACACCGACAAUAGUAGUACAACGAUAUUUAAACAACGUAUCAAACCACCGGAUAGUAUAAAUUGGAGUAUAAUGCAGUUGCAGACGCAUGGAGAUUAAUUUAAGGAUUUGUUUAAACCACAUCGUUGUAGCUAACGAGGUAGGUUAGCCAACGGUAGCAUAUAUUAAAAGUAACCUUACUUUAAAUUGAAAUUGUUUUAUCUUCGCACUGAAACGAUGCUGGGGUUUCUGACGGCGAGGCAGACGGGACUGGAUGAUCCUCUGAGACUGCGACGAGCGGAGUCAACGAGAAGGGUCCUUGGUCUGGAGUUGAAUCCUGACAGAGAUGUGGACCGAAUCCAUGGAAAUGGCAUCAACUCUAUUGACAUUGAAGCAGUAGAGGGCAGAUACAUGUUAUCUGGAGGUGCAGAUGGAGUGAUCGUUAUCUACGACCUGGAGAACUUCAGUGGGAAACCACAGUACACCUGCAAGUCCGUCUGUACAGUCGGCAGGUCUAGCAGGUAUGUCCACAAAUUCAGUGUCGAGACUGUUCAGUGGUAUCCUUACGACACAGGCAUGUUUGUCUCCAGCUCCUUUGACAAGACCAUGAAAGUCUGGGACACAGAGACACUGAAGCCUGCUGAGGUCUUUGAGUUUGAGGGCAACGUCUACAGCCACCAUCUAUCCCCCAUUGCCAGGAAGCACAGUCUCAUCGCAGUUGGCACGAAAGAACCUAAAAUCCAGCUGUGUGACCUGAAGUCCGGUUCACGGAUUCACGUUCUUCAGGGUCACAGAGCAGAGGUACUGUCUGUGCGGUGGUCCCCCAGAUACGAGCACAUCUUGGCCACUGCCAGUGCAGACAGCAAGGUGAAAGUAUGGGAUGUACGCCGGGCCUCUGGUUGUCUCUUCACUCUGGACCAGCACAACGGAGACAAGUCGAAAGCCUCCUCUGAGGCAGUAAACACAGCCCAUAAUGGCAGAGUGAAUGGCCUGUGCUUCACUGGGGACGGCCUCUACAUCCUCACUACUGGGACUGAUGAUCGGAUGAGACUGUGGAACAGUGCCACCGGAGAAAACACGCUGGUGAACUACGGGAAAGUCAGCAACGAGAGUCGUAAAAAACUCCAGUUCACCGUGUCGCGAGGCUGCAGCCCGGAGUUUGUGUUUGUGCCAUGUGGCAGCUCCGUCGCAGUCUACGCCCUCCACACAGGGAAGCUGGUCAGCAUGCUCAGGGGUCACUACAACAACGUCGACUGCUGCGAGUUCCACCCAGACUACCAGGAGCUGUACAGUGGAGGUAAAGACUGUAACGUCCUGGCUUGGGUUCCAGUUCUUCACCCCCCAGCCGUGGAGGAAGAGUCAGAGUCUACAAAUACGAGAGCUGCCAACCCGUCUUCAGGGAACCCAGCCCUGCAGGAUGCAUGGAGCAGUGAUGAAGAUUGAUGCUGACGUUUUGUGUUUAGAAACAAGUUCACAUUUUUCACAAUUAACUUAAAAAUGUGUACUAUUUCAAUUUUUGCAAAGAUGAAGGCCUUAUGAAUAUGUGUGAUAUGUGUAAAUAAUUGUCCAUCUCUGUAGAUAUGCACAACGUCGUGAGUCAAUUUAGAUUUUUGUAUAUUUUGAUAUCACAUUCUAUUGUUCUUUUGCAAAUUCUUGUUUGAAUGUCAAGCCAACCUGAUGCUUUGUUGUACCCAUGGGGGAUAAACGCUUUUGUUUGUUCUUCUUAAAUGUAACUCUACACCUCUAACACUCCACAUUAGAAUGAUGUUUGUUAAAGAGAUAUUAUGGAGUUCAAACAGAGAGAUUUGUAAGGUUUUUAAACAGGUUUAGUGCUUCUCCUUUAGUUUGAGUUUUUCUGCAGCUGAGCUGAGAAGAGCCCGUCUCCUCACAUGGGAGUAACCAGGCAUUCACACACACAGAUUGUCUUAUUGUUAUUCCUGGGAAACGUUAGCAUUUGUAUUGCGUUAAGCUGUAACUGAAAGUAGCAGCAGGGAGCGAAACUGAAUCCUUCUUUCUCUGUCCGUCUCUCUCCCCCCCCCCCUCACAGUUCUACAUUGAACUUCAAAUUUUUUAUCAGACUGGCCAAAACACAAUUACAACAUAACUUCUUGCACAAUAAUGCUGUAAUUUUGUAAAGACCAUGAAUAGCUUCUGUCAUACUGUUUACAAAUUACUUGAAGUUAAAAUAAAUCUGUCUUGUUUUUUAAUAAAAGCAGUACUACCUUAUUUAUUUACUGACUGAGUUAACAGUAAAUACAAAGAUAUUAAUCUAGUUUUGCAUUGGAUUAAUCCUAAAGGGGUUGUAGUGGUUAGAUAGAAGUAAGUUCAAGUUUUAAGUUCCUGUCUAUUUCCACACACACUACUCUCCUCUCCAUCAGUAACCAAGGUCAGGUUAUAGAUAAAGGACCAACCAACAGCACAUUGUUGUGUCUAGACUUAGAGACUUUCAUAUCUAACUCAGAUGCCCCAGACACAGAGGCAUCAACUUCAACUCUUCUGCUUAUUUCACCAGUGGGUGAUUUAGGAAUGCACAUUAAGGCUUAACUAUCCAACAGGAUGUGAACACCUACAUGUAACAUAGAGAGUGACAGCAAUUCUAGCCAUUCAUGGAUGUGCUGUUGGGAUGGGUGGCGCAAGUAGAGGGAGAUAUACUGGGAUGCUGUGGGAGACAUCUUGACUCUUUGGGGUGACGAUUGCUCAUGUUGCUCUGUUACGUUUGUUUAUUGUUCCAACUUCUGAUUUCCUUGAUGCAUUGGGUCUACAUUAAAACCUUCUUCAUAAGACA